GUAUUUCGGUGGUGCAAGCACGAUGGAGGAGGCGCUGGCCCGCGAGCUCGCCGAGUGCAUCCGCAACCCGGACGUCCAGCAGCGGCUGCUGUACCAAUGGCACACGGCCCACGCUGUGCUUCUGCGGCUUCCGUCGACGGCGCUCGUCGGCAGCACGCCCGCGCCGGCGAGCGACCACGCCCUCGCGCUCUCGCAUACGUUUGCAUCGGCGUUCGUGGCUACGCUCCUGCGUCUCCAAGACGACAAGAGCCGAACGCUGCCCAAGCCGAUUCCGCAGAGCUUGAAAGACGCCUUUUGCGAAAAGUGUAGCGCGCUUUUGCUGCCCGGCGUCUCGGCGACCGUGCGCGUUGUGCACCAAAAGCACGGCGCGCCGCUCAACCUGCAGCUCGCGCGGGCCCACGCCGCGGCGCAGCGCAAGGCCAAGCACUUGCACAAGCCAUCGACCAGUGCUCGCCUCGUGCGCGUGCGCAACGCGGUCAUCUCGAGUUGCCACCGCUGCAAGCACGCCAACGUCCGCGCCGGCGCGGCCAAGCCGGGGCGCACAAGCACCAAGCGCAAGGCCGUGGAGCCAGUCGCGCCGCCGCCGACGCUUGCGACAUUGGCCACAAAGGAAGGUGGUCUCUUUGGGAAGCUCCCGAGCCCGCCGCGAAAGCUGCUCGACGGACAUAAGAAGAAGAAGAAGAAGGUGGCAGCCGCCCCCAGCGUGCUCGACUCGUUCCUCAAGACGCUCCGGCCACACAGCUGAGCUCGCCGUACGAAGAGCCAACACUUUGGACAGAUAGUGAACCUGCCAUGUGCUCCAGAUGUAGUCCAUUAACUAGAUGACAAUAUGACACCAUACCGGACACCGUUGUGAAG